AUGAAGUUCGCUCUUCCCCUCGUCGCUCUCCUGGCUACCGCCUACGCCGGACCCGCCCCUGCUACUGACCAGGCCGAGAUCGAGUCUGGCUAUGGCAAGUCCAAAAACUGGGAUUGGUGCGGUGCCAAGACCUUCAGCAAGUGCUUCGGGGCCAAAAGCUGUCAGAAGGACGCCGACUGCCUGAAGAAGAGCAAGGGCAAUGUUGACCUCAUCGGUUGCGGCGGCAUCAUGUUCCCCAACGACUGCUAUGCUUACUUCUAA